UUUUUUUUUUUUUUUUUUUUUUUUUUUUGCGUUUAAUGAUAAAAUAUCGAAAUAGGCUACUUAAUAAACGUAUAGAGUCCUCGCUGUCAAAACACGGGAGACACAAUAAAAAUAGAAGAUUAUCUGCCAUAUGGGAGCAAUGGUUGCUAGUGCUGCUCCCUCAGAGGCAGAGCUAGCAGUGUCCGCUAAAACUGACGUGUGAAAGAGUUAAAUUACUUUAGAUAUCCCUUAGAUAUUUCGUGGAAAGCAGCAGCUUAACGGGAUAUUGGCUUUUUUCAGUAUCUGCUUUGGGAGUAAGUCAGCGUUGAUCCCUCAAAGGUUAAUAAUGAAACAUUUCGCCCACAUAGUUACUCGUUAGGGGGGAAGUAUUUCUCUGCUGCACAUUUCCUGUUCCCUAGCAACAAGCGCAAUGUGGAAAUGGGGAUGGAAGGAAAAAAAAGACAAUUGAAGAAAAGGGGGUUGUCCUUUACAUACAAUUAACGUCUUUUAAAAUAAUGAAUGAAGAUACAUUUUCAGGGGUUGCCUUGAACAAUUACUGCUGCAGCUCAGUUUGCCUGCUUUUCCACAACUGAAGUCCUUCUCCUACUCGCGUGGAGCCACUUUUCCCUGCAAAAUUCCAGGACCUUACACCUUACAACUUCUUUUUGUUUGGAUAAAAACGAAACGCAGCUAAUGCAUUUAUUUCCUGCAUAUUCCCAUGCUUUGUGUCUGCUGCACUUAAUUCAAUCUUUAUCUUGUAAUGGCAGUGCAAGACCCAGGCAGGACAACAGGUUUCCCUUGCAAACAAUGUGGCAUGGUAUGUCCCAAUAUGCCCAGUCUACUGGAGCACAUGGAUGCUCAUCUUCAACAAGAUGAAGAGCGCAAAUUCAAAUGUGAUGAAUGUGGACGUGGUUAUAGACAUGCUGGUAGCCUAGCUAACCACAAAAAGACUCACGAAGUAGGUUCUUUUCAGUGUAACAUAUGUGGUAAAGAAAACUCUAAUGCUCUGGCCCUCAAGAGUCAUCUCCGGAGCCACACGUCACCAAAAAAGUAUUCCUGUGCAGAAUGUGGAAAAGCUUUUCGUCUGGCAUCACAACUGUCGACACACAAGAGGGUUCAUCUUGCCAGGCGGGCAAAGGAGCAGUCUUACAGGAAGGUAGACAUGGAAUAUUCCAUUCCUCAAAAUAGAGAGGUAUUUGAAAAUGAAUACCAAGAUCAUCUUAGUGAGCACUCUGCCAGUGUUGGGAUCUCUACAGAAAACAGCCCAUCUGAGGACAAGUCGGACGUUAUAUAUAACGCACAGUCGGAGAACUCGGAGGAUGCAGUGGAUCGACCGUUCAGAUGUGAUUUGUGUGACAAAUCAUACAUACAUCAUCGAAGCUUGACUAAUCAUAAAAAGACUCAUCAAGUAGGAAUGUUUGAGUGCACAGUGUGUUUCAAACUGUUCAAUAACAUGGCUGCCCUCUACAGCCACCAGAGAACUCACAAGUCAAGAAGCGAGACGAACCACGGUUUAAUAGACGGGUUAUACACAGGCGCACCACUGGACCAGUUUUCACCUCAGAGCCAAGAUGCUCCUGUAAAUUUUUGUCAUUUGUGUCAGGUACUUUUCCCCAAUGAUGAGGAGUUUCAGGAACACAUCCAAAUGCACAACUCAUCAUCUCUGUCAUUUGGGUUGCAAGAAACUUUGUCUGAAAACCAUAACCUUUCAUAUGAUAACAGUAUUGCUUCACCUGGAUCUAAUUUCUAUGUGUCUCCUGUAAACAACAUUCCUUCAGCGGCAUCCAUGGAUGGAUGCUUUGAUCAGACACAGGAGAAGAUUAGAAGUAAUGGCCACGUGUACUUGGACUGUUCCAAUAAUCAAACCCCAUCUUCCAAUUGCACUCAGGGAGAACCCCCAGUCAUGGACACAGACACUCUCAGUCCUACCCUGAUGCCUGAAACUGAAGAAACCUCAGCUGUAGAUUCUGAUGAACGUCCAUUCAAGUGUCAAAUCUGCGGUAAAAGCUACAGACACUCUGGGAGUCUCAUCAAUCACAAAAGGUCACAUCAGGUUGGGAUUUACCAGUGUUCCAUCUGCAGAAAGAACUACCCUCACCUGGCUGCCCUUAAAAGUCAUCUUCGUCUCCACAAAGGUCAGGCGUCAUCUUUUAACCUCAACAUUGAAGGAGACUGGCUCUCCUCAGAGCCUCUGACUAUGGAUAACCAACAGGGCUGCUUUUCUUCCCAAGACGAGGAGCAGGGCAGCGCUCACGCUGUGCUUGGUAAUGAUCAGGAGAAUGUAGUUGACCACAGCGCUGGAGUGUUGUACCAUGAACAAUUUAAUCAGGACUUUUCCCAGGAUAUGACUUUGCAUCUACCUCACAAUGAACUACUGAUGCAGAGGCACAUGUGUGCGGACUGUGGUGAGACUUUUGCAAAUAUUGCUGGGAUUAAAUCUCACAGCUGCCCACUGCUGCAGCAGCACCACGACACUGUUAAUGGUGACUACGAGAACAGUAUAAACUUCCAGGCCAGUAAUGGUCGAUGUGACACUGAAAAUCCAGAAGGUAAUGUGGAGUUCCAUGGUCUGAACGGUAACCAUGACCAAAGUUACUUUGAACAAAGCUUUCAUGAAAAUGUGAGCAGUGACCAACUGAAUGGUGACGAAGAAGAUAACACAGACGAGGAAGAUGAUGAUGGAGAUCUUUUUCAGUGCUCUAUAUGUGGCAACAGCUACACCAGCAUGAGGGCACUCAGGAGCCAUCUCCGAGGGCACACGCAAUCACAUGGUACUCCUCCAAGUUCCGGCCCUUCGUCCAUGUCCUCCCACGAGGAAGUGAAAGAGGACGAGCCAGGCGAGAUGAUGAUCUGUAGUACAUGUGGGGAAAGUUUUGCGAAUAGGCAGGACAUGACUACUCAUCAGCUUCUACACAACAAGGACCAGGUUAAUGAUUUACAUAUAUGCAGUGAUGUUUCUGGAAGCAAGGAGGAACCACAGAACAUCAUCUGUGGCAGCUGUGGCAUCUUCUGCACCAACUACCAUCAUCUUGAAAAUCACGGCUGUGCAGCUGAGAGGCAAGAUGAGUUAAUACACACUAAAGAGGAAACAAAAGUGAAUGACGUUGCGCAGCAUGAAGACACGAGCCUCGUCAGUGAAACUGUAGAAGCCGAGGAUCGACAGUACAAGUGUGAUCAGUGUGGGCGUUCAUAUAGGCACGCCGGCUCCCUCCUUAACCAUAAAAAGUCCCACAAAACAGGUGUAUUCAGAUGCCUGGUGUGCCAGAAACGCUUCUACAACCUGUUGGCUCUUAAAAAUCACCAGAGAUCCCACUUUGACAUCAAGAGACAUACUUGCCAUGAGUGUGGAAAAGCCUUCAAAAUCCAAAAGCAGCUAUUGAACCACCUGAGAAGGCACAAAGAGAACCAAGCCAAAAUCCAAGAACUCAACAACCAGAUCCAGGCCCUCAUGCAGAUGAAUGGGUCCAGGUCAGAUGGAGGAAUGCAGCCCUUAUCUUCAAAUGCCAAUCAGGCUUUUACCUCUGCUCGGCACUGCAAGAAACUGCCUGAAAGGAAGGAAGGACAAACGAAGAUGGAGACCCCCGUUAAACUGGAGGAUGCUGGCGACCAGCGACCUUUUGCGUGUGACCAGUGUGGGCGUACAUAUCGUCAUGCAGGAAGUCUGGUCAACCAUAAAAACUCCCACAAAACAGGUGAAUAUUACUGCUCUGUUUGUAACAACACUUACUCUAAUCAACUAGCAAUGAAGAACCACUUGCGCACACACUUUGCAUAUAAAAAAUACACUUGCCAAAACUGUGGAAAAGGCUUUCGGGGAAAGAAGCAGCUAUUGGGCCACGUCUGUGCAGAUCUCAGAAAGGACAGAGCUGGAGGAAAGAGGCGCUUAAAAUCAAAAGCCUUUAAGUGUAAGGAAUGUAAGCAGGCAUUUCUCUCUGUUGACCAACUGGCAGCCCACACUUGUAAUAGAACCUCAGGCAGCAAGGAUUCGCAAUCAAACACGUCUUCAGAUAAAGAGGAGCGCCCUUUCACGUGCAACAUAUGUAACCGCAGCUACCGCCAUGCAGGUUCACUGUUGAACCACAAAAAUACUCACAAGACAGGACAUUUCAGCUGCACGUUCUGUUCCAAGCCCUUCAGUAACCCCAUGGCUUUGCGCAACCACACACGCAUCCAUACGCAGAAGAAAAAGUACGUAUGUCUCACGUGUGGAAAGGCCUUCCGACUCGCCAGCAUCCUGCACAACCACCAGAGGAUCCACAAUCGGGUGGCGAGUCACUUCAGCUGCACCGCGUGUGGCAAAAGCUUCCAGGGCAGGUCGGGCCUGAAGAGGCACCGCUGCCGGAGAGGUCAAGAGAACGGCACACGAUCUGGAGUCCAGCAGUCAGACAGGGGAGACAAGUGCUUCACGUGUGACCUGUGUGGGCGCUCCUACCGGCACGCUGGCUCCCUCCUCAACCAUAAAAAGACACACUCCGAAAACCUCCACCACUGUACUUUGUGUCUCCAGACAUUUCCUGACCCUCUUGCGCUGCAGUUACACUCCCAGAUGAGGCGUCACUGCUGCCCCGAGUGCGGCAAGACUUUCUGUCUGGUCGCACACCUUCAGAGCCACAUGGAGGUGCACUCAAAGGACCGGGCUGCAGUCUGCAGCCUCUGCCAGCAGAGCUUUCCCAAUACAGCUGACCUCCAGGAGCACCAUGCCGUGCACCACAUGGCCCAGGGCCCCUAUCGGCAAGGUGUGGAUGAACCCAUGAAUAACAACCUCCACUGGGACUCAGGAGUAAGUCAGUCCAUGGGAAUGGGUGGCAUGCACAGCGAGGUUCCACCACCUUUGUCCCAUAUUCCAGGAAACAUCACCGAUUCACAGAAGAAUAAUGACACUACAGAGGAGAAGAGCCACGUCUGCGAGCACUGUGGCCGCACUUACCGCCACGCCGGCUCUCUUCUCAACCACAAGAACAGCCACAAGACGGGCUCCUUCUUCUGCUCCGUCUGCCAGAAAGAGUUCACCAACCUGAUGGCUCUCAAGAACCACAAGCGGAUUCACACGGAGCCCAAACGAUACCAGUGUCUGGAGUGUGGGAAGGCUUUCCGCGUAUCCACUCAGCUCAUAUGUCAUCGGAGGAUACACACCAAAGAAAAGCCUUUCGCCUGCCUGCUGUGCGACAAGAGCUUUUCCAGCAAGUCCAACCUGCGGCACCACCAGAAGAUGCACCAGAACAACCAGACCUACGACUCCUCCUUUAGCAUGGAUGCUAACACUUUUAUGGACCUAGACAUGGGCUCCUUCCUUUAAAGCUGUACUUCAGAACAUCUAGAAUAAGAUAUUUAGCUCUUAUUUAUCCUCCUAUCAGUAAUUGUAAAAAGAAGUAUUUUUUGCAGAAAGUGUUCCAUGGUCCUGACAGAAACUCUUUCAGAGACACGCACAUUUCAUACUGACUUCCAGUCUUACCUCCACAACAGAUAGUGACACCACUGAAAACUAUCCAGAGGGUCUUUUGGUUAGCUUGUAAUAAGACUUGAAUGCUUUACCAACCAGGUCCACGUAAGAACAUUAAAACUGAUGAGACGUUUUUGUAAAACAGUACUGUUCUUACUCUUGCUACUUAUAUUUGUGUUCAGUGCCUCUGUUUGUUCCUUAGGAAACAAAAUAUACAAACUAUAUUUAUCUGAAUCAUUUUGUUAGCUUUCUGUCAGCGUUGAAGGACUGCUCACCGUACUUCUCACAUAGGGCAAGCCUGUAUUUUAAGUCAAAUACCUCUGGGUGUGUCUGAAGGUCCAUGAAAUCAUAUUAUCAAGUAAAUAGUUGUACUGCUAAUAAUAUGGAUGACAUUGUAUCCUAAAAUGGAUGUAUUUGUUAAUUUAUUCUGUUGUUUUAUGUGCAUAUUAUAUAUGAAAAAAACCUGAAUGUUGUAAAAAAACAAACAAAAAAAAAACUAUCUUCUAAAACUGUAGCCUUUAAGGAACUCUCAUUCUCAUAAGUUGAACUCAUUAGUUCUCACCACGGCCAGGAAUGAAAGAGCCACGGAUGACGUGUUAUUGUCUGCGCUCAGGGUGAACCUUUUAAAGGAAGAUACCUGAUGUGUUUAACAUUGUAGAUAAUCAGUUUCUGAACUGAGCAUAGCAUUUUAUUUUCUCCACUUGUGCCAUUUCGACACGUUAACUCAUCAAAUGGUUGUGAGAGUCACUCCCAACGUUUAGCUGUGCAUGCCGUAAGCCACCCUGAACCUGUGAGAAGCAUCAGUCAUGUUGAAGUGCCAGUGCCUAAAAUGUCAGUCGAUUGUAGCAGUUUAAUGUGAACAGACCUCCUUCUCGCUCAUCCUGUCAUCCAGAUUUUAUGUAGUAAUAUAUAUAUUUUUUUCCCAAUUUAUAUCUGGAUCAGUAAAAACUUCUACCGUGGGAUGAAAGUGGUUCCUUUUUGCUUUUAAUUUCUUUCCGCCUCAGAGAUGCUAUAUAUGAGUCAAACUGGUGCGUGUGUGUGGUCAACAUACUUAACUCCUGCCAAGCACAAGUAUUAAUACAAACUUAACCGAGCUUUAUUAUCAAGAACGAACCGGUUUCAUCUUCAUUAACCACUUAAUGUUCUGUGAAAAAUGUGCAAUUACUGAUUCUCUGUUUUGUUUUUGUUUUUUUUAUGCCAAGUUGUCAGAUGUGCCUGUUCCUUCUGUGGUUUCACGAAUCAGGAGUCUCGCAACACAGGGCCUUUGUUAUUGUAACAGUCUAAGAUUGUUUUUAUGCCUCAUACAUUUCAUGUUCAUAUGUUUGGCACUGGUCAGAAGUAUGAAAUACCUCCAACGACUGCUACUUAUUGCCUCAUACAGCUUAAUUGUAGAGUACACUGUAGUUAUCUAAGACACAUAGAAAGGAGGAAGCUUUUCCUUUGUAGUUUGCGUAGGCUAUUUCCUCCACAACAAUGUAGUCUCUGCGGUUUUUAAGAUUUAUAUUUGCACAUGUUUAGAUGACACUUGUAGCCUAGGGAUGACGGGAUGUCUAUGAUAAUUUAGAGCGCGGUUGUUUGUCAGGGUUUGACAAGCAGCGAGACCUCAGCUAGUUUUCGGGUUUUAAUAUUUUAAGCAAUACGCUUUUCAUUUAAGUGCAUGAAGUUAACAGAUCUCAUUCGUUUCGUGUUGACUACCGUGGCAGAGCCAUUCAGCACCAUCGCAGAUUGCCAUUUGGUUACAUUAUUCACAUGUUACUUAUAGCGUUUCAGAUGAGCUCAUUAACAUAUUUUCAUAAGCCACAGUAGCCUGUAAAAUGUAAAACAACCUUAAGUUCAAAUAUUUUUGUACAACGUUCUCAUCUCCUUUGGCACUUAACCUCCACACUCCUCCUCCUCCAUCGGUCACUGUCACAGACUGUUCAUGUGUUGAUUCUCAGAGCUCUGUAAAUACGAGAAGGAAAAUGACGGAUCUCUUAACAUUUGCAGCAGGAUUUUCUUCACCGGGAGUAAUAACUGCUAGAAUAGCUAUUGUGUUAAAAAUUAAAGGAAAAAAAGAAAAGCAUAUACCACACAUUCUGAUUUAUUGGAUCUCCAGAGUAUCUCCUCAGUAUUUAAUUCAUAUUUAUAUAACUAUUUUGUCACUCUGAAGCGUAGAUUUUUACUUCUUUGUUAGAACUUAGUUUAGGAUAUAAGACAAUUAUUUAAAAAAAAUAGCUGAAAUUAAUUAAAAGACUUGGAAAAUAUGAUGUGUUUGUCUCUGAUUCUUCCAACUUUUGUAGUUUGCAAAUGAAUAACGCAUGCAGCACUGAAGAGAAUUGUCAGUUUUAUUGUGAAAAUACAUCUGGUACACAAAGCAGUUAUAAGAUUGCAUUAGGUAAAGGAAGCCAGUGCAUGUACAGUUACAGUAUAUACAAGAAGAAAUAGAAAAAUGAGAGAAAGAAGCAGGAAAUGUUAGUUAUUGCUUAGUAACGUCACUGGCUGGCCUGGUGGAAGUGUAACGAAAGCCUUCACUGGAGUCCCUUUAAAAAAAUGUGCUUCAAUCUCUCACAGUGGAUGCAUUGCAACACUGUGAGAUACUCAAAAAAUAAAUAAUAUAAACUUU